AUGGAUUUGAAAAGCUCAUAUAAAGGCGUUUCAUUGAACCCCAUUUAUGCAGGGAGUAGUGCAGUUGCCACAAUUUCAGAAGAUGGUAAAAUACUGGCUACGCCAAUUUUAGACGAAAUAAACAUAAUCGAUUUGACCGCAGAUUCUAGGAAGAUUCUACACAAGAUUUCCAAUGAAGAUGAGCAAGAAAUUACUGCAUUGCAACUUACACCAGAUGGGCAAUAUCUUACAUACGUAUCACAAGCUCAACUUUUGAAAAUAUUUCAACUAAAGACUGGGAAAGUUGUCAGAUCUAUGAAAAUAUCUUCCCCAUCAUAUAUCCUAGACACUGAUUCCACCUCAACACUUUUGGCAGUCGGUGGGACUGACGGUAGUAUUAUUGUUGUGGACAUUGAAAAUGGAUACAUCACUCAUUCAUUAAAAGGUCAUGGUGGUACUAUCUCUAGCUUAAAAUUUUAUGGGCAGUUGGAUAGCAAAGUAUGGUUAUUAGCAUCUGGUGAUACUAAUGGUAUGGUUAAAGUUUGGGAUCUCGUUAAAAGAAAGUGCCUACACACACUGCAAGAACAUACUUCUGCAGUGAGAGGGUUGGAUAUUACUGAGGUAGAAAAUAGCGAUGGACCUAGCCAUCUGAAAUUAAUCUCUGGUGGUAGAGACGAUAUUAUCAACUUUUGGGAUUUUGAUAUGAAAAAGAAAUGUAAAUUAAUCAAAACUCUUCCAGUAAAUCAACAAGUAGAAUCAUGUGGAUUCUUGAGCACUCGUAACGGCAAACACAUUAUCUAUACAGCUGGUGGUGACGCCAUAUUUCAGCUAAUUGACCUCGAAUCUGGUGCUAUGCUUAAAAGAACUAAUAAACCUAUAGAAGAGCUUUUUAUUAUAGGCGUACUUCCAAUAAUGAGUGAUUCCAAGAUGUUUUUGGUAAUGUCUGACCAAACAUUACAACUAAUAAACGUUGAAGAAGCUUUAGAGAGUAAAGAAGAAAUAAUUCAGGCUGAGUCAAGCAUUGCUGGUAACCACGGUAUUAUUGCUGAUAUGAGGUUUGUUGGGCCAGAGCUAAACAAAUUGGCAUUGGCUACCAAUUCUCCUUCAUUAAGAAUAAUACCAAUUCCAGAUUUGACAAGCACCGAUACCUCAUUACCUUUGGAUGUUGAAAUUUAUGAAGGUCAUGAAGAUCUACUAAACUCACUAGAUGCCACUGAAGAUGGGCUAUGGAUUGCCACUGCAUCUAAGGAUAAUUCAGCUAUUGUUUGGAAAUAUAAUAAAGACACCAGCAAAUUUGACAUCUAUGCUAAGUAUAUUGGCCAUUCCUCCGCUGUUACGGCAGUCGGAUUACCGAACGUAAUGCCAAAGGGAUACCCUGAGUUUUUAUUGACAGCAUCCAAUGACUUAACUAUCAAGAAAUGGAAAAUUCCAAAACCAACCCCUAUUACUGACGUACAGAUUGUCAAGGUAUCAGAGUAUACCCGUCAUGCCCAUGAAAAGGACAUAAACGCAUUAUCAGUCUCUCCCAAUGAUUCUAUUUUUGCAACGGCCUCAUAUGAUAAGACUUGUAAAAUUUGGAAUCUAGAAAAUGGUGAGUUGGAAGCCACACUAGCCAACCACAAACGUGGGCUAUGGGAUGUUUCGUUUUGCCAAUAUGACAAGUUACUAGCAACGUGCUCUGGUGACAAAACUGUCAAGAUAUGGUCAUUGGAUACUUUUAGUGUUAUGAAGACCUUAGAAGGUCAUACUAAUGCCGUUCAAAGGUGCUCCUUUAUUAAUAAACAAAAGCAACUAGUAAGUUGUGGCGCUGACGGCUUAAUCAAAAUAUGGGAUUGCUACAGUGGGGAAUGUCUAAAGACUUUGGAUGGGCACAACAACAGAUUAUGGGCUUUGAAUACUAUGGACGAUGGUGAUAUGAUCGUGAGUGCCGACGCCGAUGGUAUUUUCCAAUUCUGGAAAGAUUGUAGUGAACAAGAAAAAGAAGAAGAGCUAGAAAAGAGCAAAAUACAAGUCGAACAAGAACAGUCGCUGCAAAAUUAUAUGAGUCAAGGUGACUGGACAAAUGCAUUUCUGUUGGCAAUGUCUUUGGAUCACCCAAUGAGGCUGUUCAACGUUUUAAAGAAAUCACUUGGCGAAGCAAGAUCCAAGCAAGGUGGUAAAGAAAUUGACCCAAAGGUGAUUUUCAAUGAAGAGUUAGACCAUGCAAUUUCUACUUUAAGCGACGAGCAGUUAAUGUUGCUAAUGAAAAGAUGUAGAGAUUGGAAUACGAAUGCUAGGACCCAUGCUAUAGCACAAAGAACUAUAAGGUGCGUUUUGAUGUAUCAUAAUAUAGCAAAAUUAAGCGAAAUACCAGGUAUGGUGAAAAUAGUUGAUGCCAUAGUUCCAUACACACAAAGACAUUUCACAAGAGUGGAUAAUUUAGUCGAACAGAGUUAUAUAUUAGAUUAUGCAUUGGUGGAAAUGGACAAGCUUUUUUGA